ACCUUUGCUCUAUAAUUGUAAAACAUUUUCAUUCUUAUUAUAAAAUUAGUUAGAAUGAUCAAUCCAAUGAAUGUCUUCAUUUCUAUAUCAUCUUUUUCUUUUAGUCACCUUUGUAUGCACACCUGCCUUCAGCCUUUGCCCAUUACAAAUCAAGUAAAUGUUGCACACAUAUAAUAAAAGAUGAAGUAAAAGUCAAGCAGCCUUUUAGAAAAAUGAGAUGGCCCCAGCUCUUCUUGCAAAAUGAAACUCUUACUGCAAAAUGGAGCCCUUCCUGUUGAAUGGCUUUCUGGAUAAGGCUUGGAUCUAGCAAUUGGGAAGCAGCAGACUUAGGCAAUGAAGAGAGAAAACAAAAGUUCUUGAGACUUAUGGGUGCAGGAAAGAAAGAACACACUGGUCGUCUUGUUAUAGGAGAUCACAAAUCAACAUCUCACUUCCGAACAGGGGAAGAAGACAAGAAAAUUAAUGAAGAGCUGGAGUCUCAGUACCAGCAGAGCAUGGACAGUAAACUAUCAGGCCGAUACCGGCGGCACUGUGGACUUGGCUUCAGUGAGGUAGAAGAUCAUGAUGGGGAAGGUGAUGUGGCUGGAGAUGAUGAUGACGAUGACUCGCCUGAUGCUGAGAGUCCAGAUGACUCGGACAGUGACUCUGAGUCUGAGAAGGAGGAGUCUGCAGAAGAACUCCAUGCUGCUGAGCAUCCUGAUGACGCAGAAGACCCGAAGAGCAAAAAAGAUGCGAAGAGCAAUUAUAAGAUGAUGUUUGUCAAGUCCAGCGGCUCAUAACUAUUAAACACUUAGUCUUUGUAUUAAAAGUAAGCCUUAUUGUUAUAAUGCACAGUGGAGGACUGCUUAUAGAGCACAGACCUUUGUAUUAUAAUUUUUAAAAAGGCCCUUUUAAAUAACUACAAAGAGUGUUUGCUUUCAAAUGCCAUGGGUUACAUUUUUCCGGGCAUGACUAUAACCAUUUUUGUAAAGAGUCAGAGUUGUAUAAAAUGAGAAAUAAAUACUGUACUCAGCUUCCUUUCAUAUUAGCUUCGUCAGCCCUCUUACCACCUUUUCACCCCUGCAGAUGCAUUAUGGGGGACACUUACUUUGUUUGUGGUAGCUCUUUCAUCUUUGUGUUUUAGGUUUGUUCCUAUUUUUCUCUUAUAUAAUUCAUUUGAUACUGUGACGUGUUCAUGAGAAAUGUUCCCUUGAUUACACUUUGUUAAAGUAGACCUGUCCCUGUCCAUCAUGGAUGUUUCUGCUGCCGGCCACGCUUCCAUACUGCAGACCAUUGUUGACAGUCCAUGCUUGUUAAGUCUCUGCUUUCAGACCAGAGCAGCACAGGAGCCAGCACAGGACACUAGUGGGUAGAGGUGCAGCCGUCACAUCGUUCAGAAGGUUGUGAACCCAAAAUGUCUUUCUAUAAUUUAAUUUCAAUGUGUGGUAAAGUUUUGAUAAAAUUUGGCCAGUUUUUAUGGAAGAAAUUAUUUCUCUGCUCAUUUAGUCCUGUGUAUUUAGAAAUAUGUAAAACUGGAUUUUUUUUUUUUUUUAAGGUACUAUGUGACCAAAGUUCAUUUUUUUCUUCUAAGGUCUAAAUAAAGAGAAAGCAGUUUCCCAUA